CCCCGGCGCGGAGAAAGAGACGAGGAGGAAGCUCCCAGCAUCCCGGGGCGGAGAUAGAGGGGAGGAGGUGGUUCUAAGGGUCCCGGGGCGGGAAGGAGACGCUGGAGUCCCGUUUCGCCCGCCCCUCAGCGCUGCUUGGCGGGAAAGGCCGGGGCUUGGCGGGAAAGGCCAGGCUUUGGCGCGCUCGGAGGGGCGGCGGAGGCGACGGCGGAGAUGCCCGGCGAGGGGGAGCUGCCGGGCGGUGCGGAGCACGGCGAGCUGCAGUACCUGCGGCAGGUGCAGCACAUCCUGCAGCGCGGGCACCGCAAGGAGGACCGCACCGGCACAGGCACCGUCUCCGUGUUCGGCAUGCAGGCGCGCUACAGCCUCAGAGACCAGUUUCCACUACUAACUACGAAGAGGGUAUUCUGGAAAGGUGUGCUGGAGGAGCUGCUGUGGUUCAUCAAGGGUUCUACAAAUGCCAAAGAACUCUCUGCAAAGGGUGUGAAGAUUUGGGAUGCUAAUGGAUCACGUGAGUUCCUGGAUAAGCAGGGUUUCAGCACCAGAGAGGAGGGGGAUUUGGGACCAGUUUAUGGUUUCCAGUGGAGGCAUUUUGGAGCAGAAUACAAAGACAUGCAUACAGAUUACUCCAAUCAAGGAGUUGAUCAGCUGCAGAAUGUGAUUGAAAUGAUCAAAACCAAUCCAGAUGACAGAAGAAUCAUUAUGUGUGCUUGGAAUCCCAAAGAUAUUUCUCUGAUGGCUUUGCCUCCGUGCCAUGCUCUUUGCCAAUUCUAUGUCCUAAAUGGUGAAUUGUCUUGCCAACUCUACCAGAGGUCUGGAGAUAUGGGACUAGGAGUGCCUUUCAAUAUUGCCAGCUAUUCACUGCUCACAUACAUGAUAGCCCAUGUCACAGGGCUAAAGCCUGGAGAGUUCGUACACACAUUAGGAGACGCUCACAUAUAUCUGAAUCAUGUGGAACCUCUAAAAGUUCAACUUCAGAGAGAGCCAAGACCUUUCCCCAAACUCAAAAUUCUUCGUAAGGUUGAAGACAUCAGUGACUUCAAGGCAGAAGACUUUCAGAUUGAAGGUUAUAAUCCUCAUCCACCUAUUAAAAUGGAGAUGGCUGUUUAAUGCUAUGAAUGAGCUCUUAAUCUGGAAAUGUUACCUUAGCUAUUUAGCUUUCUCUGUACUUAAAAGUUAUGGGGGUUUUAUGUACUUCAAGAGAUAAAUAUUUUGUUAUUGAAAAACAAACAGUAGUAGACCAGUGCUGCUUUCAGUACUAAACUCUAGUUGUACAGAACAGAUGAUUAUUUAUUCCAGCUGUCCUAUGCAGAUGUUGACCCAGUUUUAAGUUGUUAGUGAGACAGUUUUCCACGUUUUUUCAGUUACCAGUGGCCACUUCUGUUCAGUUACUAUCUGUGAGUAGCACUUCCUUACAUGCUUUAUGUAGUACUGAAAAUAAGAACUUUUAUAUAAGUUGGAGAAUUCCUUUGAGGUUGUAGAAGUCUUUAAAUAUGUUCUAAAGAGUAUUAUAUUUAAUAAAGUUUUUUUUUAAAAAAAUCUUUUUGGAAGGGACGAUGUAUAUUUAAUUUUAUUGUGUUUGUUUAUAGUUAGUAAUAAGUAAGAGUUGCAAAGCAAGGGUAAAUUCUGUUUUACUUUAGGAUCCUGGAAGUAAGAUCUAGCAAGGAAAAACAAAAUCACACUUCUUAUGGUCUUGAUAUAUGAAACAGCAAGAAGACAAAAGUUCUUAAUGGAACCUUGUCUGAGGUGUAAUCUUUGCAUAACAUCUCUGUAUCAGCAUUUGUUUUAUUCCCCAGCCCCCCCAUGAAUCUGAUAUAAAUCGAAGAGAGACAUAGUUAAACAGAGUUUACCAGAUCGUACUAGUAACAAUCUAUUUGUGACCAUUUAAAACCAGAUCCCAUAGACAUAGAGACUAAUUUUGCAGCCUGGAGCACUAAAAGACAGAGAUAGAAGAGUAAAAUUUAGAGGCAGUGUUUAAACGAUUGGAGCUUAUUGAUUAGCAGAUUUCAGCUUUCAUCUCUCCUUAUCCUUGCAAGUUCUGCAGUAGCUUCAGUCCUUACAAAAUUCCUCUUCAAGAAUUCAGUUGUAUACAGAUCUACAGUUACUAUUCAGACAUGGCAUAUUCAA